AUGUUUGAUGAGAAGUAUAAAAAGAUAGCUAUUGUUACAGGUGCCAAUGCGGGUGUCGGAUUCGGCAUCUGUCAGCGAUUAAUAGAAGCAGAGGGUGAUUCUUUAACUCUUGUGAUGGCAUGUCGAAAUCCUGCUCGGGCCAAUAAGGCAAAAGAGCUAUUACUCAGGCAAUUCCCUACAGCCAAAAUCGACAUUGAGAUUCAUUUAUUCACCAAAUCUUUUCUGUCUGACAGAUAUCCUCAUGUGAACUACCUUUUCUGUAACGCAGGUAUUUUGAGUUCACUCGGCUUGAAUUGGCCUAAGCUCCUCUGGCUAGCUUUCACGGAUCCAGUGGGCCUCAUGGAACGCUCAGAUGCAACGAUCCAAGCUGUUGGCGAAAUCAGCGAAGAUGGUUUGGGCAGAGUAUUUGCUGCUAAUGUCUUUGGGCAUUAUGUUAUGAUGCGUGAGUUGGAAAGAUUACUAUCACACUCUGGAGAUGGGCGCGUCAUCUGGACAAGUUCCGUGACAGCUAAGAAUCAUUGCUUCGAUAUCAAUGAUUGGCAAGGCAUAAAAAGUCAUGAGCCAUAUGAGUCAUCGAAGUGGGCAUGCGAUUUGGUGUCUGUAAUUUCAAGCGAGCGUUUUGCACGCGAAAGAAGCCAUAUCUCCUCAUUUACUACAUCGCCUGGUGUUGUAGCCAGUGAAAUUGGUGCUUUGCCCUGCUGGGUGACAAAAGCUAGAAUUUUACUUCACUAUUUGAUGCGAAUUGCUGGCGUUGCUUCACAAAAUAUCACCGCAUAUAACGGAUCCAUAGCUGACGUUUAUGCAGCCUUACAGCCGCUUAAUUGUCUCAACUAUCUUUAUCGUUAUAGCUCGUUGUCAACUCGGUGGGGUAAGCCAUAUGUAGAAGCAGUUCAGCUCCCCAAUUAUGAUAGAUUAACAGCUGAAAAACUUGUCGAAAAGUGCGAGCUAACCUAUCAAGCGUUCAAAAGAAGAUAUGCGUCCAAAGAAGCCGAAUAA